AUGUCGGAUGAUGAUUCUUUCUUUGAGUACAUAAAAAAUUGUUAUGAAGAUGUUUGGCAUGUGAGAAAGGAAUACUGCGAGUGGGAGAACGGACACAAUGAGAGGACCCUUCGGAAGUUUGUUUGCAGCUAUGAAGGUUUCCGCGCAGAGAAGGAGGUGAGGAGGGAGAUCAAGAAGCGGAGGCCGCGGAAUAUCACUCGUUGUGGAUGCCGUGCUCAACUUGUGAUUGCACAAGAUCCGAACACAGAGCAGUGGUAUGUGAAGGAUUUCAUCGACGAGCACAACCAUCCGAUGACGGAACCAGACCUUGCUUGCUUUCUGCGUUCACAUAGAAGAAUCAGCGAUGAUCAGAAAGCAGAGAUUGUGCAGCUGCAGAUUUCUAGGAUCCGCAAACACCAGAUAAUGGAUAUUAUGGUUAGGCGGUAUGGUGGGUAUGAUAAGAAGCAUCCGGUUUCUGUGAUCGCCGAUGGAGACCGUGCUAUGCAUAAAGCAAUCAGUAUUAUGUGGCCAAAUUCAUCGCAUAGGCUAUGCGUAUGGCAUAUUGAGGUGUGCAUUGCGCGUAAUCUUCACACCCAGGAUCUGAAGGAUGAGGUUAGGGGUUUUCUUUAUUAUCGUUGCUCCAUAGAAAAGAUUGAGAGGAAAUGGAUAGCAUUCUUGGCAAAGGAGAAAGGUAUAGAUAAGGACUCGUGGCUGUACCAGAUGUAUGAGAUGAGGGAAAUCUGGUGUGCGGCGUAUCAUGCUGGUAAGUGCUACUUAGGACUGAGGAGCAACCAACGUAGUGAGAGCCUACACUCUAGGAUUCAGUUUAAUCUAGAUCGGAAAAUGACAUUGUUAGAGCUGAUACAGCACAUUGACCACUGUCUUUCAAAGUUGCGCAGUAAUGAAGCGUAUCUAGACUUUGAAGCAAGUUCUAAGCCAUGCUUACAACCAGAUGCUUCAACUAUUGAGAAAGAGGCUGCGAAUUUGUUCACACCAAGUGUUUAUUUAGCUGAUGUGCAGUACAGCGUAAAAGCAGCCGACAAGUGUUAUUGGAUUGAGACUGUAGAUGGCUAUGAUAUUGUUGAGUAUAUUGUUGGAAGGGUUGAUAAAGGAGACAAACAAUACUAUGUGAAAUGUGAGAUCUGUACUGUUGAAGCAUAA